AUGCCGGGGAAGAUACUUUGCGUAGCCGAAAAGCCUUCUAUUUCAAAGGCUGUAGCUGGCCAUCUCUCGGGCGGGGAAUAUCAAACGCAAAAUACACGCAGCACGUAUAUCAAGAACUACUGUUUCUCCUUUAACUUCGGCGGAAGCUGGGGCAACUGCGAUGUUGUUAUGACUGCUGUUAUCGGUCAUUUGACCCAAGCUCAUUUUGAUGAGGAAUAUGAGAAAAGUUGGAAUUUUCCACCGCCUCAGUCGCUCUUCGCUGCCCCUGUUCGUGUCAAUGUGGUUAAGGAUAAAGAAGAUAUAUCCUCGAACAUCCAAGCUCAAGCAAGGAAUGCUCGGGCCUUGUUCAUUUGGACAGAUUGUGACCGAGAAGGGGAACAUAUUGGCAGUGAAGUUCGCACCGAGGCUCUAAAGACGAAUCCAAAUUUGGAUAUCAAACGAGCUAGGUUUAGUAACAUCGAACGGGCUCAUGUCAUCCAUGCAGCUAAGAACCCUAUCGAUCUCGAUGAUAGGCAGGUUAAUGCUGUGGCCGCACGUAUUGAGUUAGACUUGAGGAUUGGCUAUGUCUUCACAAGGUGGCUGACUACCAGUCUACGACCUCUCGGUGGGCCACUUGCCAUCGCCGACGACGGUAAAGGAAGGGUCAUAAGUUACGGAUCGUGUCAGUUCCCUACCCUUGGUUUCGUAGUCGACCGUUAUUUUAGAGUGAAGAAUUUUGUUCCCGAACCCUUCUGGGGCAUCAAAAUCACCCACCGACGAGAUGGCAUCGACGUUAUGUUUAAUUGGAAACGGCACCAUCUCUUCGACCGAGCAGUCGUAAUCAUUCUGUUCGAAAGAUGCUUAUCAGCAAAGAUAGCACAAGUCACCAAAGUCCAGGAGAAGCCGACCAGCAAAUGGAAACCUCUACCGCUGACCACGGUCGAGUUGCAAAAAAUGGCCAGUCGGUUCUUACGGAUGAACAGUCAACAAGCUAUGUCCGUUGCUGAAACCUUGUACAAUAAGGGUUUUAUAAGUUACCCCCGGACUGAAACCGAUCGCUUUGAUAAAGGAAUGAAUCUCGGGGCUCUAGUUGAUAAGCAGACUCAAGACAAUCGAUGGGGUGCAUUUGCUCAGAAUCUGGUUAAUGGAGGUUUCCACCAGCCAAGAGAGGGUAGACACGAUGAUAAAGCCCACCCCCCUAUCCAUCCCGUGGCAUAUUGCGCUCCCACAGCACUGAAUGCUGAAGAAGGGCGCGUCUAUGAGUUCAUCACCCGUCGAUUCCUCGCCUGCUGCUCCGAAGACGCCAAAGGGCACGCCACAGAUGUGGAAAUCGAAUACGGGGACGAGCAUUUUGGUGCCCAUGGGGUGGUUGUACUAGAACGCAACUACCUGGAUGUAUAUCCCUAUGAGAACUGGAAGAAUAGUGUAACAUUGCCGAAAUUUACAGUGGGCGAGAGAUUUGAACCUACGGAAGCUAUGGUCACAGAAGGGGCUACGACCGCUCCAGGAUACCUGACAGAACCGGAUCUCAUUGCACUGAUGGAUGCUAAUGGCAUUGGCACGGAUGCUACAAUGGCGGAACAUAUCGAUAAGAUUCAAAAGAGGAAAUAUGUAUUUACCAGACCCAAGGGUGCAAGCGGGAAUGCCCCGGCUCCGGGACGAGGUGGUCGAGGGGGUGGUAGAGGCGGGAGGGGAGGUGCCGCCGCUGGGGAGGGUGCUGGAGGCACAGGUGUGCAAGAGUUCAUCCCAUCAACCCUCGGGGUUGCACUGGUAACUGGCUUUGAUGGUAUGGGCUUCGAUACAAGUCUCAGCAAGCCGUUCCUGCGCAAGGAGAUGGAGCUCCGGAUGAAAGAUAUAUGUGAAGGCCGCACUACACGUGCCGAGAUGGUGCGGCAGAACAUCACCCAGUACAAGCAGGUGUUCAACCAGUCGAGCGAGAGGUUGGAUGUUUUGAAAUCGCGGAUGUCUGAAAAUAGCCCUUUGUCUGUUUUCCUACCGGCCACGGACUUCAACGAUCGGCAGCCAAUGGUCGCAUCUGAUGCGCGACAUGUUGAUGUUCCCAGUUGUGGAAUUACGCGCACCGCGCAGAUUGCAAGUCGUGUCAAGGUGGUGGAGGCCACAACGUGUCUGCUGAUCCACCUGGAUGGCGAUGGUGAUGAAUGCGAUGAUGAAUGGCGCAGCAAGAAACCGAAGCCAAUCGAGGGCGACAAAGAAAUAACGUGGGAGAUGAAAGCAGCGUCCAUGGUAACACGGAAAGCCUGGGACACUACCACGCUGCUAGAGAUGGGACCCCAGAUUCUAGAAGCAUCGCCGGCUAUUCCCACGUCAAUGCUCGAUCCUGUACUAUGGGCAAAGUAG